UAAAAUGUAAAGUCCAUAAAUUCCAGCCGUAGUUUCAAUAAGACCCUUCACAGUUCCAAGUAGAUACUUGUCAACAGCAACAAACAGAUCAAGAUGUUUAGGAGAAGACUUUGAUGUCAGAAUUGCUAACUAAGCUUCAGAAAAUGCUUAUUUCUUAUUAGAACACGUAAAUGGCGCUGUGUAUAGAAUAAAACCAGCUACACAUCCAGAUCAUUUUGUGUUCUGUUCAAAUGACAAUGCUAGAAAAUUCGGAGGUGAUUUUGAUGUCAGAACUCAUCAUUAUGCAGAGCCAAGAAAUAAUUGGAUUAUAGAAAAUGUAGGAUGGAGUACAUUCACAAUUAGAUCUGAAACAAAUCCAAACUUUUACCUUUUUGCAGCAGAUGAUAAUUCAAAUGCUCACUAAGGAGAAUUAGAUGUUAGAACUCAUGCUCAAUAAGAAGAAAGAAAUCUUUGGUUCAUAGUUACAGUACCAAAUAUCGUUCAUCCAUAUCCUCUUUUACAUUAACCACCUGUUGUUUCUUUAAGACCAAUUCUUUUACAAUAACAUUUCCUUACUUUUGCAGAACCACAUUAAUAAUUCUAAACUGAUUUUGCAGUCAAAGCCAGAGGAGCAAAGACAGAUAAGACUUAAUUCUUCUUAGAUAGAGUUUAAGGAAAUGUAUUCACAAUUAGAUCAGCUGCUAGUCCACUCUAUUAUUUAUUCUGUGCUAAUGGACAAGCAUAUAAUCAAUGGGGUGACUUUGAUGCUAGAUUCCAUACACAUAAAGAACCAAGAAAUCAUUGGAUUAUUGAACCAGCUGGAUAAGGAUAUUGGACUAUUAAAUCAGCCACUAAUCCUAAUCAUUUCUUAUUUGGACUCUAAGAUGAAGGAAAUGGACAUGAAUUCAGUGUUAGAACACAUCCAUUUGUUGAAGAUAGAAAUAAAUGGAUCAUAGAUGGAUUCUAGGGAUGAUGAGUAUUUCAUAUCAAAUAUUAUAUUCAAUCAUAU